AUGCUUUUCUGCACAUUGAUUUGUUUAUUAUUUGCUUCGGUGGUGGCGAGCGAUCAAAUUCGAGCGAAACGACAGUUCGAAACGGAAGUUACCGUAAGGACGGCUAAGAACGAAUGGAGAACAAGCUAUCAGCAGCCUCUGGAUAGUUUGCUGGAAAGUGGCGUCCCGAAUGUUCUCUAUCAAGGACUGCCCGGCAAUGCUCCGCCGCAAUCAUUCGUCAGGUAUCGAGCGUUCGCUGCUCCUGCCCUAUUGCCAGCCGGUGCACAGCGGGUCGUGCGGCAAGAUCCGAACGGGUUCCUCGGGCCGAUGUCCAAGCAGGGUACCCCCCAACAAACGGCGUUUGCUCCGGUUUUUAAUUACUUUUACCCGGAUCCCCUAACUGGCGCUUCUGCGAGACAAGAGCGGCUUGGAAAUGCGGAAGAUAACAAAAAACUAUUCGAUAUGUUGCGUUUCGAUGCCGCAACGAAUAAUGGAAACGCGAAAGCGCGGAGAACAACAGCUGCAGAUACGGCUAGCCCGACAGUCAUCCGGCGAUAUUUCUUUGUAAUUGAUGGUGAUCCACGGCGCAUGUUGCAGAAAAAUGUGGAAGGUACAAGGGAUUUGCUGCGCCAGGUGAAAAACGCUGUGGAAAUUGCUCGUAAGAAGAAUGAUGACCGCAAGAAUGAGCUCAGUGCGAAACAAGCAGCGGCCAAUGAGCUCCAUGCCGGCAUCGGUCUCUACCGUCGUCGCGAGGUCGAGCUGGCGAAGCAGAUGGAUUCUUGGAUUAUGCUGAUCGCGAAGCAACGCGCUGCUUUUGCGAAGGAGGAUGCCCGCUUCAAUCGUGUCAGCAAGGAAAGCGACAGGCUUUGCGAAGACUUGGAGGGCAAUUUGGCGCUUCUCAGGACGAAGCGAAUGAGUGUCGACAACCUCGUGAUUAUGAUUGCCGAAUCGAAGACCAUCCAUAUGACCACUCUUGCUGGCCUCCGCGGAAAUUUGAGGAAGAAGAAAGAAGAGCUGCAGAUCUGGGACACGAAUGCCGUGGCUAACAAGCGAUCCAUUGCCCGGCUCUACGAGGACAAAAUGAUGACCCGGGCCGCAAUCGAAAGCCGUCGCACUCGCCUUGCUGAGCUUCAGAAUGUCUGCUCGACAACGGCCAGCCGCAUCUCGGCAAUCGAGGAGACGAAUCGUGCGCUGCAGGAACCUCUGGCAGUCACACACGAGCCCCACCGCGCGCAGAUCAUCUCGCUGGAGCCGAUGAUGGCGGCAGGAAAGCAGCCGAGUUUGCAGCAGCCCCCCGCCAACCGCACGAUCCAGAAGGAAUACGUCAAAACGUUCUCGGUCAAGCCUCGUAGCCCGUCUCAUCAUCCGCGCUCUCCAUCCCAGAAAGCCGGAAAAUCCCCCGUGCGUCCGGCUUCGAGUAAUCUGACGUUGGCCCUGCGCCCUGAGGAGCCAGCUCGGGCCAAAGCGCCAAAGAUUGUCGAGAUGGAACUCCGUUCGGGAUUUGAUGAGCCCCAGCUGCAGCCGGCCGAAUUGACCCCCUCGAAAGCUGAUCUCUACAAUCGGUUGGGCAAUGUUGCAAGCUCCAAGAAACCUCUUCCUCCGCAGCCUACCCAGAAACAGAUCGAGCGACUCGCCGCCAAGCUGAUGUCCAAGCCCACUCGU